AUGAAUUCUACACUAAAUUUCCGAGGAUCUUUCGAUCAAGAGGAAGAAGAUAUGUUACUAGUCACGCAAUUAAAUAGUAUUCGCAUGGUCCCUUACGCUAUGAAAACUGCCAUAGAAUUGGAUUUGUUGGAGAUUAUGGCCAAGGGUGGACCUUUGGGGACUUGUAUGUCACCGCUGGAUUUGGCUUCCAAAGCCGCUGCAAAAAAUCCAAACGCUCCAAUGAUGAUCGAUCGAUUGCUACGUCUUCUUGCUGCUUAUUCGGUAUGUACUUGUAAGUUGGUGAAGGAUGAAAAUGGAAAAGAAUUUAGAGUUUAUGGAGUAGGAAAAGCCGGAAGAAAACUUAUUAAGGAUGAAGAUGGAUUUUCUAUGGCGUCUACUGUGGUUAAUCAAAUCCCCAAAAUUGAAGAUGAUUUCUGGUCCCACCUCACUGCUUCAAUAUUAGAAGGUGGAUUAAAGCCCUUCGAGAGAGCCAGAGGGUCGUCACUUUUCGAGCAUAUGGCAAAGAAUGAGAGUUUAUUGACGCAAUUCAACGAGAUGAUGGUUAACCACACAUCAUUACUAAUGAAGAAGCUAUUAAAGACUUACAAUGGUUUCGAGAGUCUAAGUGAUGGCGUUUUGGUAGACGUAGGAGGUAANUUGGGCGCAAAUCUUGCCCGAAUUCUUUCAAAGUUCCCACAUCUCAAAGGUGUUAACUUUGAUUUGCCUCACGUCAUCGCAGAAGCUCCCAAAAUUCUUGGCGUGGAACACGUUGGUGGUGAUAUGUUUGAUGCAAUUCCACAAGGUGAUGCCAUAUUCCUGAAGUGGAUACUUCAUGAUUGGAGUGACGAACAAUGUGUGGAGAUAUUAAAAAAUUGUAAGAAAGCAUUACCCAAAGACGGGAAAGUGAUUAUAGUUGAAUCAAUAAUGCCGCGAGAAAUAUCAGAAACGGAUCUAGUAACCAAAAAUGUAUUACAUAUGGAUGUGGUAAUGAUGGCUAAAACGAUUGGAGGCAAAGAGAGAACCAGAGAGGAAUUUGAUUUUUUGGCUGUGGAAGCUGGUUUCAAGCCCCCAAAAAUCAUUUAUGGCGCUUAUGCUCAUUGGAUCCUUGAAUUAUAUAAAGAGGAGUGA